AUGGCUACUUAUCGUAAUGUGUUGCUUAUUGGUGGGUCUGGAACCUUGGGUAGCGUCGUUCUAAAGAUCCUUUUGGACUCACUAUACGACACGACUGUUCUUUCGCGGCAGCAAUCAUCAUCCCAGUUCCCUGAGGGCGUACGCGUCAUCCGAGCAGACUACGACGACCCGGACUCAUUAGAGUCCGCGAUGAGAGGCCAGGAUGUGGUAAUCAGCACGGUUGGCGGUGCCGCGGCAGGGGACCAGAACAGGUUCAUCGACGCUGCUGUCGCGGCUGGAGUGAAGAGAUUUCUUCCCAGCGAGUAUGGUCCGAAUACACAGGAUCCUCGGGUCGUUGAAUUCAUCCCAAUACUUCCUUUCAAAGUGCAGACGGUCGACUAUCUCCGGUCGAAAGAAGACAGAAUGGAAUGGUCGAGCCUUGUGACUGGGCUAUGGUUCGAUUGGGCUCUGAGAGAUGGUCAUCUCGGCUUUGACCUUGUCACCAAGACUGCGACGCUGACAGACCAGGGCAAAACUGAGUUUACGGUAUCAACACUAGAGAGCGUGGGGAAAGCUAUAAUAAAGAUUCUGGAGCACGCCGACAAGACGAGAAACAGUUAUGUCUAUACGUCAUCGUUCCACCUCAGUCAGGUUGACCUCCUCGCUGUCCUCGAGACGAUAGACAGUCAAGGCUGGACAAUCAAGCGGCAUGCCUCGCAAGAUCUUGUUGAAGAAGGCCACAGCAGGUUCCGAAAUGGCGAUUACUAUGGUGUUGCGUUGCUGGUCAGGGCAUUGGCAACCGGCCCAGUCAACCUGGGAGAUUCGAGACCGGGAGGACUUUGGGAUGAGAGGCUAGGUCUUGAACGUGAGGAUUUGGAACAAGUUGUGAGGCGUGUUGUUGCCGAUAAACGCAAUGGUACUGCUGCCGCAUAA